AUGGCCGACGUCGAGUCCAACCCUGGCGCGGGCGGGAAGCCGCCGCCGUACAAGGACCCUGACAAUGGGAGCCGGCGGUUCUUACUCGAGUUGGAGUUCGUGCAGUGCCUCGCCAACCCUACCUACAUCCACUAUCUAGCGCAGAAUAGAUAUUUCAAGGAUGAGGCAUUUAUCGGGUACCUCAAGUACCUAAAAUACUGGCAGCGACCAGAGUAUAUCAAGUAUAUAAUGUAA